AUGAAUGUGUUGGAUGAUGAAGAUGACCAAAGCUUUCACGCUACGCGUGACGGCUACUCCCAUUUGAGCGAUGUCGAAUGGGAUGCGGUUGAACGAAUGGGUUCGACCAUGGGCAUCCAUGCUGUUAGCGUCAUGCUAGAGGCUCUCAAUAGAGAUGCCCAACAUGCUACUAUCGCCAAGUUCAUUCAAAAUGAACUUGACGCUGAACGCGAGAAAGUAGCCUUGCUUCACCAACAAGGUUCUCAACAAGCAGAGCUGUUGAGAGAACAGGGUGCUCAACAGUUUGAACUGUUGAGACAGCAGCAGGCUGCUGCUGGUGGGUCGAUGCACUCGCGUCGACCCGAAACCUUGAAGAUUGACAUCUCCAAGUAUAGGGGGGUCGAAGAGGACUCCCUCUUGAGAUGGUUCGUCGAAUUGGAUGACGCCAUAAGGGCGCGUCGCAUCGACGACGGGGAUAUGCAAGUUGCAUUUGCCCAGUCAAAUCUGGCAGGACGUGCCAAGACUUGGGCACUGGGGCUCAAGCUGCACGACCCAUAUGCGUUUGGGUCGUUGGAAGUCUUCAAGUCGCGGCUCAGACAAACGUUUGAACCGCCUAGAGCUGAGUUCAGGGCUCGAACCGAACUCUUGAAGCUCAAGCAGGGUAAGCGUGAUGUGCACGCUUACGCUCAACAUAUACGACAUCUUACGAGUUGUAUAAGUUCCAAUCCAGUGGAUGAACACACGUUGGUUUCGGUGUUCAUGCAGGGUCUUGCGGAUGGUCCCGUCAAGACUCACCUGUUCCGGCUUGAACUAGAUUCACUAGAACAAGCCAUUUCCAUUGCGGAGCAGGAAGACUUCAGUCUGAGACAGGCUCGCGCCAGCUCGACAUCAUAUCGUCAACCGAGACGAUAUGACAACGGAGGUCCAGAGCCGAUGGAACUCUGUUAUGUAGAGAGUGAGAAGGUUCGCUCUACAGGCUACAAGAAGUUGCAGAGAUGCAACAGAUGUCAAAAGACAGGACACUACGCUUACGAGUGUAGUGCCCCUCGUCCAGUGUCUCGCGACACUGGGCGUAGUGACCGUCCACCCAUGAGAAAGGGGCAGGGACGAGGGUCCGCAGUUGGUGCAAAGACGCAACAACGAGAUGGACCGUCAAAAAAACGGACAGGAUCAGUAGGUGCGGAGCACCCUACUGAUCCAGCAACGUCAAGAGAAUUUGUAGGCCUCUUGAUGAAGGUUGCUCCCAACACACAGACAUUGUGCGUUGCUGCUCUAGGUAAUGAGAUCUCACUCAUUACCUUGAAACUCGAAGUGACGAAUAAGUUGUCCCUUCGAGCUCUAGUCGAUUGUGGGGCGUCCAACAAUUUUGUGCGACGCCAAUCGCUAGAAGAUGGUCACUUUAAAUUCAGUGAAUGUGACACACCUCCUACGAGGAUGACGGUACGUCUUGCGACAGGCGCAUCCGUAACCGUCAUGAAGCGUAUAGUGAAGAUUCACUAUACGCUAGAAGAUACCCAAUACGACGAUGACUUUAUCGUAUUGGAUUUGGAUGACAAAUUUGAUGUCAUCCUUGGAAUACCGUGGCUCAGAAGGUACGAACCACGGGUAAACUGGCAACAUCGGACAGUAACGAUGCCUGCCGCUUGUUCAUCAGAUGGCCAUCUGAUGAACGUUUUGGAGCGUCCACAAGCGUGUGGAUGUACUACGAGUGAGUGCGAUGGCCUCACUUGUGGUACGGUCGUUAGUACGACUGCACAAAACCUUAGUGUACCAAACGGUUACACUUCGGAGCAAAGUUCCGGCGGCUGUGAGGAAACACAGGCUGCGCCGAAGGUCCACCACUCGAAUAAGUCGGGUGGACUGGGACAAAGAUGUAUCCCUAGAGGGGAACAUCUAGAAGAGAAACAAUCGAUCGCUCAGGUUAAGCGAAACGAUAAUCCUAGAUCGACUGGAGAGUCUUUCGUAGAGGAUCUCGCUGUGGUUGCGCAACCCCAGCUAGAGGAAGAAAAGGGAAUAAGUCCCAAGAUUACAAAUACGGCGGAAAUAAGUUCCCCGAAACCCGCGGGAAUAAGUCCCCGGGAAGACGAAGGAAUAAGUCCUUCGAAGCCUGAGGGAAUAAGUCCCCAGGAAAUGACAGAGACAUUGAAUGUCAUAGUCAAUAACGGAUCAUGUGUAGGCGCUUAUACACUUGAUCUGAUUGCGCCUCCGAAGUUAACUUCGGAGAUCACUCAGUUGCCAACGCUCGAACAUAAAAGGUUCUUGCGUGAUCUGCGUAGUGGCAAAGUCAAGCAGAUCUGCAUACUCGUCGCUGAAGACGAGUAUGUAAUCGACAUAAGGUCAGCAACAGUGUUUACUGAGAACGAGAGAGUUCUCAGUAGUUCAUCUAUGGACGAGAGUGUCCUAGAUGAAAAGACACGAAUUGAGCGAUAUGAGUCCCAAUCAUGGGAAUCGCUCAAGGAAAACCCUCUCUAUGAGGAUUUGGUUGAAUUCAAGGAUGUAUUCCCUGAAACUGUUCCGUGCGAAUUACCGAAGGAUAAAGGUAUUCGACACGAAGUCGAGCUUAAACCAGGCUCGAAGUACUGUGUCAUGAAGCAGUGGCCACUGCCUCGUGAACAAGUACUUGCGAUCGACAAGUUCUUUGCCGAUCGUUUAGCAGCGGGCCAUGUGAGGGAAUCAACUUCCCCACAUAGCUCUCCGACCUUCUGUGUGCGAAAAGCAACAGGAGGGUGGCGGAUAGUGCACGCGUUUAACAAAUUGAACGCUGCAACGGUACCGGCUCAGACGCCGAUACCGAGGAAGGACGUAAUCAUUGAUGGUAUGUCAAAGAGUACCAUCUUUUCGUCCAUGGAUUUGAUGGAUGGCUUCUAUCAAAUCCUUAUGCGGGAACGGGAUAUACCCUAUACCGCAGUUAGCACGCCUAGCGGCAUGCUCUGGGAAUGGCUAGUAAUGCCACAAGGGCUCAGUAAUGCCCCUGCCACGUUCAACAGGUGUGUAUCACAUCUGUUGAGGCCAGUACGAGAAUUCGCGCCGAGUUAUUUCGAUGACGUAUUCAUCCAUAGUCGAGCUAUGGAUGGAAAGUCGGACGUUGAGGUUCACAGGUACCACGUCCGACAAGUUCUUACAAUCAUGCGAAAGCAUCAAUUGUAUGCAAACCUCAAGAAGUGUAUAUUUGCAGCAAGCGAAAUACCACUUCUUGGGUGCAUCGUUGGUAAGAACGGUGUACGUCCUGAUCCCGAAAAGAUCAAGGCGAUCACCGACUGGCCUGUGCCGGUCGAUGUCAAAGGUCUUCGAAAAUUCCUUGGGCUAGCGGCGUAUUUGCAUAAGUAUUCACGCAAUUACGCCGAGAUGACUGUACACCUCUCUCGUUUGUUGAAAAAGAACGAGAGGUGGUUAUGGAACGCUGAAUGUCAACGCUCCUUUGAGGGUAUCAAGCAGAGCUUGAUACAAUCCCCAGUCCUAGCAAUAGCCGAUCAGGACAGGCCAUUUCAUGUGGUCUGUGAUGCCAGCGAUUUCGCAAUCGGCUGUGCAUUAAUGCAGUACGACCUUGAAGGCGUUGAACGCGUCGUCUGCUAUCAGUCGCGUCAGCUGCAACCAGCUGAGCGGAACUAUCCAGUGCAUGACAAGGAACUCCUUGCCAUGAAGUAUGCACUCGCGAAGUUCAGAGUCUAUCUAUUAGGAGAUAGACCCUUCGUUGUUUACACUGACCAUGCGUCCUUACGCACGGCAGUGAACAGCCCGCACCUUUCACAACGAAUGGCGCGGUGGUUGUCAUUCUUUGCAGAAUACAACUUUACGGUCGAGUACAAACCAGGACGACUUAAUGUCGUCGCUGAUGCACUCUCACGUCGUCCCGACUUUGAAACAGUCGCGAAACCCAACAGUGAGACAGUCACUGUUGCGGUUAUGACGUCCUCAGUUCCAUCUACAACGUUGUAUGAUGAUGUGAGGCGGGCAUACGCCCAAGAUGCCGUUUCUGGUGACACACCACGUGUUGUCAUUCCAGAUGAUACUGAUCUGCGUUUGCGGAUCAUGUUCGAGUAUCACGAUGCUCCUAUAGGAGGACAUCGUGGCCGAGAGAAAACAUAUCUCACGGUAAGUCGAGACUUUUACUGGCCCCGCCAGUAUCAGUUUGUGCGAAAGUAUGUUCGCGCAUGCGAAGUCUGCCAACGAGUGAAGUCAAGUCCUUCACUGCGUGCACCUUUACAGCCUCUACCGGUUCCGGCUGAGUGCUGGGAAUCCAUCUCAAUGGAUUUCGUCUUCGGGUUACCCAAAGACGCACGCGGGAAUACGGGUAUUCUCGUAUUUGUUGACAGAUUCAGCAAAAUGGUACACCUUGUGGCUGUACCAGAGACAAUCACGGCAAGUGGCUGUGCUUGUGUCUUUAUUGACACCAUCUUCCGACUUCAUGGGUUGCCCCGUGAACUCGUAUCAGACAGAGAUCCACGAUUCACUGCUGAUUUCUGGCGUUCCGUGUUCAAAUCACUCGGAACGCGCUUGAAGAUGUCAACAUCUGAUCACCCAGAGUCAGAUGGUCAGACGGAACGUGCCAAUCGUGUCCUUGAAGAGAUACUUCGAGGAUACGUACACUCCUUUAAGAGUUGGAGUGAGUUUUUGCCAAUGGUAGAGUUUGCCAUCAACAACUCGGUGCAUGCGUCCACGACACAUACACCGUUUUACGUGAAUGGCUUGCGCCAUCCGCGUGUACCCACCUUACUAGAGUGUAACUCUGGUUUAAGGGGGAGGGACUCGCGCGAGCAAAAACCGAUUUGGUUCACGCUCAUCACGCUCUGA